AUGGGUUGUACAUUGCGACCGAGAUUGAAUAAUCUGUCUUCAAUAUGGUACACUGUUAUUAUCACGUUACUUCAGGCUUAUUUGCUUUUUUUGGGUUUUGAAAGGUUUGUGUGACUCUUUUUUUGAAGUGAAUUAUGGGGUGGGCAGGGUUUUUUGAAAAAAAAAAGGAUUGAUUUUUUGGUGAAAAAUAUUUUAACUGGGAUUUCAGAAUUAGAUGUGUAGAUUUUAAAUCUUUCAGAAACAAUGAAUUCUGUGAAGUAAGGGUUUGCAAUUAGGCUCAUUGUUUCUUCUAAAAAAAUGUUUUUCUUUUUAGAUCUGGGGAAUUUUUUAAAGUGAUGGGUUCUAGUUCAAUUGUUUGACCAUCCAGUGGUUAUAAUUCACUAACGAAUAGAAAUUUCUAAAAGUUAUUGACACAAUUUUUUGAUAAAUUUCUAGUGUUUUUCUCAAACAGCGACAGUUUGUCUUCGUUAACCCGAACAAUGUUUUUAUUUUCAAACCUCAAUGGAUUACUUUUUAACCUCGCAUUCAGAGUCACCAAAUAUUCUGCUUCCUUAUAUUUCUCAAAAAUGAUUUUUCUUAUUAUUUUUGCAGUAUUCCAGACUAUAUGGGAAAAAUUUUUCAGUUAUUUUAGGAAAGAUUUUGUUUUCCUUUUCCUUUUCUUCACACAAUCACAAAAAGUACAAUAAAAGUACACAUUCCAAGGCUUAGAACAAUGCCACAGACACGUCACAUUCAUGACAAAUCCACGAAAAAAUUUGCAAAAAUAUGACAUUCUUCGAGACAAAAUUUUUACAAUUUCAGAUAUCGUCUUUAUACUGAUAUCAAAUGGCCGACUGGUGGUUAUCCACAAAUAUGGUUCACUGUUUAUAUUGUGAUUUAUAUAUCAUGCAUCCCGGCAACACUUUUGUUUUUUGCUUGCGGAUUUUUCAAGUCUGGAAAUAUUGCUGGAGAUAAUGAAAGAUUGGCUGAUCGUGAGGAACGAGUUCUGGAAGUUUCGCGGAAUAGAAAUGGUGAAAAAUCUGGUAAGUACUACGAUUCCCAAUUCUUUUUUCUCAAUUUCCAACACAAACUCUUUCAGGAUGUUGUCACCGUCUCAAAAUCAUCUGGCAACAUCUUCCACCACUUCCACAACAAAUUCACGUGAUUAUGGCAAUCGCUCAACUUAUCGCCCAACAAUUAAUGUAUGCACAAGUGUUCCGCAACAAUUUUCUGCAUGAAGGUGAGUAUUGUGAUUUUUAAUUAAUUCCAAAUGAUUUUUCAAGUACGCCUCAUUGAGUUUUAUUUAUGUAUGGUGGUAUGAAUAGAGGAUAGAUUAAUGUAUUUCGGUAUUAUAUGAGGGUUUCAUUAGAACUGUUUUGACUGAUCAAAAUGAUUUUGUGACAAUAAGAGAAAAUUCUUUAAUUUUCAAAACCUCUAAUAAAUAAGUGCAAUUUCAAAAGCAUAAUUUCACCACUAAAUUUCAGGUGACUUCUUGAACACGGAAUUAGAUUUUCUCUACCAAAGAUCAAGACAACUUGCCAGUAACCUACCCUAUAGUGGAACACAACUUCAAGGAUUCCAAAUCACAUCCGAGCAACUUUCCGGAAUUCCAGUCUCCCCAAGCAUUCUUCCAGUAUUGAUGCAUUUCAAACUUUUUGGAGUUCCCUUGGAAUUUGUCAAUUUGCUGAUCGCAUUGAUUGCUUUUAGUAUCACAUUCCCUGCUGUAUUCUGGAGAGUUUCCAAAUCAUUCAGUAUGAUUUUCACAAUUCAUCUUCUCAUUUAUUCGGCUCAAGUUAUUUGGGGAUAUUUGUCAUUUUCGAUUUUGUAUCGUGUACAAGAAACAAAUAUUCACAGCUCGCGACCUGUUGGAAUUGGACAGUAUUUGGGGCCUAUCAAACCUCUUGGAUUCCAAAUUUAUCAUCCGUUGGUUAUUCUAGGAACGUUUUUGGUCAGACUUUUGAUUACAACAUUAGCACCAACCGCAAUGUAUUCCUACGGAUAUAAUAAAUUAUACGUGAGUUUAGUUUCUGAAAGAAUGAAAAACUAUAGAUAGUUUUUAUGAAAUGAAAAGGUUAUACGCUUUAUCUUAAAUACACUUAAGAGUUAUAAUUUCAGGUCAAUAUGCUGAAUGUUCAGCAACGCAACGCUGCUCGUAACUCACAAGGUCAGGGAGAAUACGGUGAAUACCGCCGACGCUCAUACAGUCGCCUUGAUGGUAGCAAACUUUGCUGCGAUGGAUAUCUCCCACAUAUGAAUGCUAUUGCUCUUCUGGUUAUUGUUGCUGGUGCAAUCGGACCAACAAUCUACGCUUUGCUCAUUUUAUAUCAACAUGACCAAAAACCAAUUCUUCUCACUUGUAUAAUUAUUGACGUGAUUUACAUGUUCUCGUGGAUUUUGAUGUGGUUAGGAAUGACAUUAAAACGCGAUUGGGAUUUUAAUGUAACUCACAAGGUUCAUCAAUUAUAUGCUCUUCAAAAAGGAAUGGCAACUGGGGCGAUUCGCGGAAACGAGAAUCCUUCACAACUCAAAAAUUCUAUCUUGGUUGUUCAUAGAGACACUGUAAGUUCCUAUCUGGUAAUUUUGUUUAAAUAAAAUUUAUUCAGAUGUACGUAACUGAUGAUCAAAAUGCAAAACAAUCUUUGCUCCGUUCUAUACAUACUGGGAAAUUUGAUAAUGGUCAAGAUGAAGUUUAUUGGAAGAAUAACAGUCCAAUUGCCAGAAGUAAAUUGUUAGCAGAGAUGGAUGGCGUUAAAAAUAGUCCUGAAAUGGCCAGAUUGAUUCAAUCACAAGGCGAAGACACAAUCAGCUAUCACUCGGUUAGUUUUUUUUAAAACUCAAAGUGGAUUCUAUCAAAAUCUAUGAUAUCGGUUUUCAGAAUGCUAGACAAGGGCAAUUAAUCAAUCGUGGAAAUAGUUCACCGCCGCAAAUCAAUCAAUUUGGGACUAUUCAACGAAAUCAACAGCAACAACAACAAUCGCAACAAUAUGCUGGAACUUUGCAACGAGGACAAUCUGGAGGAACACUUCAACGAGGACCUGGAGCAGAUACUGUUUGGAAUCAAUAUGCAUCAAUUCAAAAAGAAAAACAACAACAAAUGUUGCAAAGAAGAGAUAGUGGAGAACAUUAUGGACGAAUUGGUGAUCAACCUUAUGGAAGUUAUGCUAGAAUUCCACAAGUUUCAAGAAUUCAAGUAACACCACAAGGCGGACAAAUUCGAUUGAAUGGAUAUGGCGGACUUCAACAAAGUACACUUCAACGACAAGAUUUUGGUAGUCAACCAAGUGCAGCUGGACAAAGUAUCAAUUCGAUUCGACAAUCGCCAUUGUUAUCGGAAAGAUCUUCGGUGGUCAAUGUUCCACCACCACAACCAGUUAUUGGAAGGUAAUAAUUAGAAAAAAAAUCACAAAAAGAAUAACCCACAAUAUCAACCACUCAUAUUCUAGAGAACAAUCACCAUACCAACGCUCUGCUGUCAAACUUUCUUCAUUCGCCGAAUCUAACAAAGGUAGUGGUGGAAUCUAUGGAACAACAGGAAUCUCAUCAUCAACUCAAUCUGUUCAAUGGGGAGGAACUGCACAACGAGUAGCACCAGGUCAACCAGGACAACUUUUGUGGAACAAUACUAAUGGACAAAGUUCUCAAAAUAAGGUGACUUUUAAUAUUUGAUUUUUGUUGAUGUGAUUGUGGUUUUUUCUGUUGUAUUCUUUCUAACUAACAAAUUGUAAUUGCAGUCUUCUUUAACAUCUACCACAACUUCUUCACAAAAUGAUGAGCAAUGUUUCACACCAACUUCAACGCUUACAUCGCAUGGAAGUAAUUACACACCAACACCAGGAUCGCCACAAGGAUCAAAUCCACUUUAUUCACGUUUGAAUGGCGCGUCAACUUCAUCUAAUUUAUAUGGCGCAAUUUCAUCAGCAACCAAGGAUGUUUCAACAAAUUAUUCGGAUAGAACACUCCAGAAAAACACUUCUGUCAAGCCUGAGACUCCUUCAACCACAACUGUUGUGUCAAGCUUCACUUUAAGACCUAAUGGAUGCGCUGCUAAUAACUCUAUUAAUCAGAAUGAUUUUGCAACAAGCAUUGUUUAG